AUGGGCUGUUGUCAUACAACGGCAGCAUCAACAGAAAGUCAUAUCUCACUAAGCCUCUGUGAUGAAGAAAUCACAAUCAGCCAAUAUGAAGCCUCAAGUCCAUUUUCAAGCAAAUCAUCUAAACCCCUUAAGAUUGAGAAAUAUAUUUUUUGCUUGCUCAUAAAAGAAUUAAUUUUUUUAAAUAUAAAAUUUUUUUCAAUAUAAAUUAUUUUCGAUUUAAAAAGUCCUAUUUGAAAAAAUUUUAAAAACUCUCACUAUUGUAGCAAUCAUUAAUUAUGUAUAAAAAAUAUUUAUGCAAAUAUAUUCAUCUUUAAAAGCUUUUUCUUGUCAAGUAAGUAGGAUUUUCCAAUUAUUGUUCGCUUUUAAACGUGGAGAGUAAGCUCCUUACAAGUGAAUUUUUGAUGUUAGGAGAAUCCUCAUCUAUCAAUUUUUCUCAAUUUGAGCUAGCUUGUUCUCAUUUAGGGAUAAAUCCAAGGCUAUUUAUUUCUCAAUACCCCAAUUUUAUAGAAAGUUUAAAAGACAGUCCACAGACAUAUGAUAUAAAAAAAAUUAUACUUGUUUGCAUUUUAUUAGGUAAAGGGAAGCCGAGGGAAAAGUGCAAUUUAUUAUUUGAUUAUACAGAUGCGAACUCAGACGAUAUAGUCAGUGUAAAAGAUGUAGAAAAAAUGCUAACUUUUUUCUUCCUAAACCAAAAAGUAUUUUAAAAUGUAAAUUUUUAUUAAGAUUCUAGCGAAUUCUAUUAAAUUUUAAAAGGCUUUCAUUCUUUUAUAAAAUAAAUUGCCGAAUAAUACAAUAAAAAAUUAUUUUAAUAAAAAUCUAUCAUAAUGCUUUUAAAAAAUAUUCUGGUAUGAAUCUAAGAACUCAGAGAGUAAGUGAUUUAAUUGAUGCAUCUUUAAUCCUGACUCCUAUGACAGCAAUCGGUCACAAUAAAUUAUCUUUAAUUGAAAUCGAAAAUUACUGUGAAGGCCUUGUGCAAUCCAAAAGAAAAUUAAUCAAAAAAUUGAAAUAUUGCAUCAUGGGUGAAGAAAAAACCUUGGAUUCAAGUCAAUUUGAUGUAAAAAUUUUCGAUUCAGAAAUUUUGCAAAAUAUUAUUAAUCCUAAUGGUAUCAGAAUUUUACUCAAAAAUCAGCAUUUUUCUUUAUCAUCACUAGAAGAAAGCCCAAUUACUUCUGACAAUAAAAGUGAUGCAUUUUUUGGCAGGGAAAGCUCUGGAAAAGACCUAAGUCUUCAAUUAAGAAGCCUUAAUGAUGAAGGAUCUCCUAAAGAAGUACACACAGCGACUGAGUCAAUGCAAACCCCAGAAAAACCAAUGGUAAUUGAUCUGAAUUUCGGCCCAGGUCAAAAAGAAAAACUUUAUUUAUACAGAAAUGAUGAUCUCGACACCAAGGUAAAAAACUUUGCAAGAACACACAGACUUAAUAAAAAGGAGGCUGACGGACUGCUAAAUUACAUUGAAAAAAUAAGACAAGACGCUUACAAAAGCUAA